CGCUUUCUGCAGUUUAUUUGACAAUUGCAUCCUACAUGUACUUUGCACCUGUUUUUGAACCGUGACACCCAAGGAACGCACGCACACCUUGUGGUUUUUAGCAGCUCCUGUCCGAAUUUCCGAUAUAAUACCAUUCCGAACACCAUGCCAAAGGUGGAAAAAGUCCGUACGGCGAGCUCCACCCGAGCAGCGAACCCUAUUUUCGAUAAAGGCUUGGGUCAGCAUAUCUUGAAAAAUCCCCUUGUUGCGCAAGGGAUUGUUGAAAAGGCAGCUCUGAAACCGACCGACCAUGUACUCGAAAUUGGUCCCGGUACGGGUAACUUGACGGUCAAGAUAUUAGAAAAGGCGAAGAAGACUACCGUAGUUGAAAUGGAUCCUCGGCUUGCUGCUGAAUUGACCAAACGUGUGCAGGGAACCCCAGAACAACGAAAGCUCGACAUUAUCCUCGGUGACUUCCUCAAGGUCGAUCUCCCAUACUUUGAUGUCUGCAUCAGUAACACCCCUUAUCAAAUCUCCUCUCCCCUCGUAUUCAAACUCCUGCAACACCGGCCUCUGUGGCGCUGUGCGGUUCUCAUGUUUCAGCGCGAGUUCGCUUUACGGUUAACUGCAAAAGCAGGGGAGAGUCUGUACUGCCGAUUAUCCGCCAAUGUCCAACUUCUUGCCAAAGUAGACCAUGUGAUGAAGGUCGGAAAGAACAACUUUCGGCCACCACCACAAGUAGAAAGCAGUGUUGUAAGGAUGGAGCCUCGUCAACCACCACCUCCGGUGAAUUUCGACGAAUGGGAUGGCUUGUUGAGGAUCUUGUUCGUCAGAAAGAAUAAAACGGUGGCAGCCAAUUUCAAGACCCAGUCUGUGUUGGACAUGCUAUCACAUAACUACAAGACGUACUGUUCGAUAAGCGGCAAAGAUGUACCAAUGGAUUUUGAUGUGAAACAAGCGGUUAUGGAUGUUUUGGAUUCGGUGGGCAUGGCUGAGAUGCGAGCAGCCAAGAUGGAUAAUGAUGACUUUCUCAAGCUUCUCAGUGCAUUUAUUGAUGCAGGAUUCCGAUUCAGAGCAGCAUAGAGUAGGGUAAUCAGUGCAAUUUUCAUCACUACUGUAUAGUACUAGUCUAUUAUGACCCAAUGCAUUACCAAAAUACUAAUAUAGGUCCCGCUACAUAUAGACAUAUAGGCUGUACGUCCAUUUCAAUCCCUUGUGACUUAUAUUCUAUAUUCUCAUUCUAUGUCUUUAAGAAUUGGU